AUGUCUCCAGCAACAGAAGAAGCUCCUUUAUUGCCUCAAACGAAUCCCGCGUCACCGCGGUCCAACAGGCCAUCUCGGUCGGUAACGUUCAACCCGCUGACGACAAUCAGUACCUACGGCGGUACCACCUCAUCCGAUCCUACCUUUCGCCCUCUUCAGACCGGCUCUCCUCCGGUUCAGAAUAUCAAUGCUACUGGAGGGGCUCCUCGAGCGGGUAGUCAGCCCAUGCUCUCGGCCUUGAACAGCAAACUUCGUCGUCGCAAUAGUCAUGGCGCUCCCUUGACAACGCCGCCCCCGGCCGCUCCCAAGAUUGGACCCCAGCGUACAACCAAGAAAGCACAGAAGCUCAAGCUCCUCCCAGACCCGGUGACUGCGGAAGAAGAGGAGGAAUUCGACGGUGAUUUCCCUCGAGAUGUCUAUUCACAAAUCACCCGCAUCAAAGAACCUGCGGCUCGCAGCCAUGCCGCUCGACUAGGAAAAGCCGACCGUGACCGCAUUCCACGAGUGACCGCAUACUGCACGGCCAACUCCUAUCGACUGGAAGGCGUGGUGAAAUUCUUGAAAUCUCGGGCUAAAACUCGCGGAGCGAAUCCCAAGCUGUUCGACGAGUGUGUCUAUUCCCCAUUCGAUUACCAGUACGAAGAGAAGCAGAAGGGAAGCCGGUUCUUCCCUGCCACAGGAGGCAAUGGACACCAUGAGCGACGGACUAGCGAGCGGAGAUACUCGGACAGUGCGGUUGAAGUGGAGGACAACACAAAAACCCGACGGGAAGACCUCAUCGACUUCCACGAAGAUGCUGGUCGUCCUGGUGAUGUCAGUUCCGAGCAUGCGGUCUCUAACCCACAAUCAGAUGAGGCAUUCGAAAUUGAUACCACCAUCCAUACUCCCGAGGUCUUCCUGUUCGACUAUGGUACCGUGGUGAUAUGGGGCAUGACGCCGGCCCACGAAUCCCGCUUCUUGUCUGAUAUAUCGAAGUUUGCGUCCUCAAUAUUGAGUCCCGACGAUACCCAGAUCGAGAAUUUCAAUUUCUACUAUGCGCGCGAGUACCAGGCGAGGAUAUACAACGACUUCAUCUCGCUGCGGGAACCGCGAAACCACAUGAUCAAGCUGGCCAUUUCGCACGCGCUCGCUCAGUCGGUCAAGACCUCGCUCUUUGAAGACCUGGUAUCAGAAACCAUCUCCGACACAGCACCACUACCGGCUCAGAUUGCACAGACUGGUAGUGUGAACCUCACUCGCCGGCAGAUCAACAUGCAGAUUGGCGAGUUGUUCAUUCUGCGAAUCAAUAUCCACUUGCAGGGCUCCGUUCUCGACAGUCCUGAGCUGUUCUGGGCUGAACCCCAGCUUGAACCUGUCUACCAGGCAGUGCGGAGUUAUUUGGAAAUGGAUCAGCGAGUCAGUCUGCUUACAGAGCGAUUGGAUGUCAUUGCGGAUCUUUUGGCGGUACUGAAGGAUCAAUUGACGCAUCGCCAUGGUGAAUAUCUUGAAUGGAUUGUCAUUGUCUUGAUCGCAGCCGAGAUCUUGGUUGCGGCUAUCAAUAUCGUCGUCGACCUGUAUGCCGGUGUCGAUUAA